AUGAGUUAUGUUUAUCGUGACAUUGGUUUAUCACAUUACCUUCAGUUUGUUAAGGAUGAAGAGGGAACUGUUAUCGGUGCAUUUUCGAGUGAUGACUGGGACCAUGUGAAGAAAAUUACCAAUUUUCUUCAAAUUUUUUAUGAUCUAACCAAAGAAGUAUCUGGAUCACUCUAUGUCACAUCAAAUUUACACUUUCUUAAAAUUUAUGAGGUUUCUUGUUAUUUGAAGCAGUUGAUAUCGAGUGACGAUGAUGGUGAUGAUCUUUUGGGUAAAAUUGCAUCGAAUAUGAAAGAAAAGUUUGAUAAGUAUUGGGGUAGUCCAAAGAAAAUGAAUAAGAUGAUUUUUAUUUCAUGUGUUCUGGAUCCUCGGCACAAAUUUGUUUCGGUUGGUUUUGCUCUUCAAAUGAUGUUUGGGAAAGAAGAAGGACUAAUUUUAGAGAGCGGGGUGAAAGACUACGUGAAUUUGAUGUAUGGUGAGUAUGUAAAGGCCUUUUCCAAAGAUAAAGAUAGUCAACAUUCUUUAUCUUCAUCUAGCUCUUUAUUUGAAAAUUCUAGUUCACUGCCUUCGAGUUCAAGUAGUAUUGUUCAAUCGAUAGGGUCUUUAGGGUCAUUCAUGGAUGAUCUAAUGAAACAUAAAGCUGGAAAUACAAUAACGGUUAAAACAGAAUUGCAAAAGUAUCUUGAUGAAGCAAAUGAAGGUGAAACCAAGAACUUCAACAUCUUGUCUUGGUGGAAAAUACAUUCACCCAGAUUUCCUAUUCUUGCUGAGAUGGCUCGGGAUGUGUUAUCUAUUCCCAUUUCAAGCGUGGCAUCCGAGUGUGCGUUUAGUACAGGUGGACGUAUCUUGGAUUCAUUUAGGAGUUCAUUAACGCCUAAAUUGGUGCAAACUCUAGUGUGCCUUCAAGAUUGGAUUCGGAGUGAAUCACAACCUGUUAGUACUGAGGAAGAUAUAGAUGUCCUCGAAAAGCUUGAACAAGAAUUGGUUAAUACUAGCAUUCUUGGUGAUUGA